UUCAAUGAAGCAUUACUGAAUCACACACCAUGGCAUACAACCAUAGCCAGCUGAUUACUGGAAUAUUUCUUUUUAUCACAGCUCAUUUGUCCACUUCAGCAAUCUUGCAGGAGGAGCAGGACCCCAGUUUCUGGAAUGUGAAAGGGCAGGAAGCUCUCAGGGUAGCACUGGACCUGAAGCCCAACGUGCACCGGGCAAAGAACCUCAUCCUCUUCCUGGGGGAUGGGAUGGGUGUCACCACAGUAACGGCAGCUCGGAUCCUCAAAGGACAGAUGGCAGGGAAGUCGGGCGAGGAGACCACACUGAAAAUGGACACCUUUCCUUAUGUGGCCCUGUCCAAGACCUACAAUGUAGACCAGCAGAUGCCGGACAGUGCGGGUACAGGGACAGCAUACAUGUGUGGUGUCAAAGCCAAUUAUGGCACCCUGGGUGUCAGCGCCGCUGUAAAAAGAAGUGACUGUAAAAUGACCAAGGGCAAAGAGGUCGAGUCGGUCCUGCACAGAGCCAGGAAGGCAGGCAAGUCGGUGGGCAUCGUCUCCACAGCGCGGGUACAGCACGCCUCCCCGGCUGCUGGCUACGCCCACGUGGCUGACCGGAAUUGGUACAGCGAUGCAGACCUCCCUGAAGAUGCAGUGAACGGUGGCUGCCGAGACAUCGCCUACCAGCUCAUCCACAAUACUGACAUAAAUGUCAUUUUGGGAGGAGGCCGUGCCUAUAUGUUACCCAAGGAGACAAACGAUCCUGAGUACUCUUCCAGGACAGGAGAACGUUUAGAUAAAAGGAACCUCAUCACAGAGUGGCUCAGCAUGAAACCAAAUUCCAGAUACGUGUGGAAUAAGGCUGAAUUUGAUGCUGUGAAGGACUGGGAAACAGACUACCUGAUGGGAUUAUUUGAGCCAAAGGACACAAGAUAUGAGCUGGAUCGCAAUAAUACAAUGGACCCUUCGCUUACAGAGAUGGUAGAGAAAGCCAUCAAGAUCCUUAAGAAGAACCCCGAAGGGUUCUACCUCUUUGUUGAAGGGGGAAGAAUAGACCACGGUCACCAUGACAGCAAGGCAAAAUACGCUUUGACCGAGGCUGUGGAGUUCGACCGAGCUAUCGAGAGGGCGACGGAGCUGACCAGUGAGCUGGACACUCUUUUUGUGGCCACUGCUGACCACUCACACGUGUUCUCAUUUGGAGGGCAUUCUCCCAGAGGAAAUCCCGUUUUAGGUUUGUCUAGUCGGACAGCAGAGGACUUAAAGCCAUUCACCACCGCUCUGUAUGGAAAUGGACCCGGAUACAAAGUAAUUAACGGAAGUCGCGAAGAAGUGAACAGCACUGUGGCAGGGAGUAACGAUUAUAUGCAGCAGUCCGCCGUUCCACUCGAUUCUGAGACCCACGGUUCCGAGGACGUGGUCAUCUUUGCUAAGGGCCCCAUGGCCCACCUGUUCCACAGUGUGCAGGAGCAGAGCUAUAUCGCUCACGUCAUGGCCUAUGCGGCCUGCAUCGAGCCCUACACCGACUGCCUUCUGCCCCUUAGAGACAAUGGCCAGGCUGCACCCUCGCUUUCCAAGCUGUUUGUCAUCCUGCUGGGCAUCUUGCCUGCUCUGCCCUCGCUGCUCUUAACAUGAGGGUCUAAAUGAUCUACAGCCAAUGCUCUCACUAUAUUGCUCAUAAUUCAAGCACGUGGUCUGCAACACAGCCCAUUAACUUAAGUGUAAAGUUCCUAAAAUGUUGCUUUGAGAUGAUUUUUCAUGUUUUCCCUAAUGAAGAACAAUAUGUUUUAUCAACAAAGAUGUUUACAUGAAGUACUGACAAUUAUUUAUUAAAAUAUAAGGUGGUGCUUUAAUGCAAAAUAAGGACAUCCAAACUUAUUUUGUAAUUGAAGUUGGCCAGUGAUAGAUAUAGUAAAACACAAACCAAAAUAGCGAAAUAUAGAGUACACAGUGCAAUGAAAGAGAAAGCAUAAUGAUAAUGCAAAAAUGAAUAUGACAAUUACUUUCAUUGUGAUAACAUUUUUUUCCAAUAAAGUUUGUAC